UGCCAUUCACUGGACUGGCGCCGAUGAUUAAAUUUAAAUGACAUAAAUGAAUGCAUGGUUAAUACUGUCACAACAAUUGGAAUGUUAGCAGACAAAGUACAAAGACAAAACAGACAUCUUCAGCUAUGCGACACGUUAUAGAUUAAUGUAUUAUCAUCAACAUGUUCACUCAGUGUUGUCGUCAUUUGUGGUGUAUGAAGUGCCACAGCAUGGCAAGCGUCAAAGUUCUAAGACUGGCUUACCAGUCUUCUAGAGAGUCACUACGAUACCACAAACUCAUGCAGAAUAAUACCACCUCAAUGUCAUCAUGGACACUCGCAACAGCACGGCCACCACCCUCGAAUCGGUCCGUCACUUCUCCUAUGGCCGAUCACCAGAGCCUCCUCGCAUCAAUAAUGUUUUCAAAAACUGGUCCAACCUCAUCAUGCCGAUCGCUCUUCACAAGAGGUUUUGCUGACGGCCGGAGGUCUGCAUUGAAACCUCAGUAUCGGAUUGACCAGGAGAAGGAGAAGGAGCGUGCGAUACUGAGUGAGUAUGAGAGGCACUACACCCCAGAGAAGAGGUACACCUCCAGGGUUCUCACUCAGGAGGAGAUCGAGGAUGAGGCGGAGAUGGUUGAAGAUUUCAAACCGGAAGACACUUUCGGCGUUUUGACAAAUAAGUUUAAAAGGAAGUUUAAUGUUAAAGGGGAUCGCUUUGACGUUGAGGUAGACAGUGAUGAUGAAAAGAUGCAACCAACUCUUAAACCUCCCGGUAGAAGAAACACUCCAAUCUGGUACGGUAACCAGAUGAAGAAACUCGUCAAAGAAGGAAAGCUCAUGGAGGCUAUUGACAUGCUUGAAGUCCGCAUGCUGAAAGAAGACAGAGUACAACCCGAAGAGUUCAACUACAAUGUGUUGAUUGGAGCUUGCGGGAGAGAGGGCUACACCAAGAAAGCAUUCAAGCUGUACAAUGAUAUGAAGAGUCGAGGUCUGACCCCAUCUGACGUGACCUUUACAAGUCUCUUCAACGCCUGUGCAGAGUCACCUUGGCCAUUGACAGACGGAAUCUCCAGACUGCACAAACUCCACUCCCAACUGAAGGAAAAAGAAAUCGUUGUCAAUCAGAUCACACAGCACGCCAUGAUAAAGGCUUUUGCAAAGUGCGGUGACCUCCCUGUGGCCUUUGACCUCUUCAAGGAACUGCUGGAUUCUGGGGUCAAACUGAAGUCGCAAAGUUUUGCUUUCCUUCUCUUUGCUUGUGCCGGUGAUAAGGAAUGUGGAUUAAUGUAUGCCAUUGAGGCAUGGCAUCAGAUGUUGCAACGUGACAUCAAGCCUGAUGUCUACAUAUACAACCUGCUCCUAAGAAUCUCUAGAGACUGUGGGAUUGGCGAUCCAGAGGUCGCCAGUCGGUUGCUCCUCAAACCUCGUGCCAAUGAUGAAACCAAGAAGCUCAGUGCACCAACAAAGAAAUCCAGGAAAGCUAAAGGUCAGAGAUUACACCAACCUCCUGAUGAGGGUUCAAAAGGUCAAUCCCACCCAGGUGAAAUGAUAGAAGUGACUCCCCUCAACGUGACAAGCAGUGAUGGAGAGUCAGUCACUGCUGAGGCUCCACUCCGUGAGUUAACAGCAGUUUCACACGGCUCCCUGGUGUAUCAGCAACAGCAGCUCCCAAACCUCCUUGAUCCCUCACCAAAGGUUAGCAGUGCUGUGUCCCUGGCGAAUGUCGCCAACCCGUCAGACCGCCUGGCCCUCCUAGGGGGUGCAGAUGGCAUUCUAAGCAGUAUGAAGCGCUGUGGAGUGACACCAGAUGUCAAGACUCUAACGUUGCUGAUGGAGGGUCUCCCCAUGACCAACUGGGAUGAAGAGAGACUUCUUGAAGCUGUGGAUGAAUUCAAAGUUAAGGUGGAUGUAGAUUUCUUCAAUGCAAUUAUUAGGCGGAGGUCUCGCCGUGCCGAUCUAGAGGGUGCAAAGGCUAUUCUGCCACUUAUCCACCAGCAUGGAUUGUUUCCAAAUCUGCGGACAUUCGUCAAUUUGGCCUGUGAGUGUGCCAAGACUCAUGAAGGCAUACAACUUCUGAAAGAUAUGAAGCUUGCAGGGUUGAAGCCGACUGUUCACAUCUAUGGUGCAUUGAUCACAGCUGCAGCUCGCAAACAUAACCACAGGUACUUAAUUGAGUUGCUAAACUGUAUGGAGAAAGAUGAUGUUUCACCAAAUAGUCUCAUACUGCAGAGAUUAGAAUCUAUGGCGUCAUUCGGAGACAACCCCAAAAAGAGCACUCUAAGCAAGAGUCAACUGAUCCAUCAAGACAGACUGAACCAGUACCGUGGUCUUUACAUCAAAUGGCUGGAUCGUAUGGGGCUUGAAGAGACCCCUCAUCCUUGGAAAAAGUUUCAUAGACCAAGAGACGGAACGAUUACUGAUGCCGAGGCGCAGAGCUGAACUUGAGCAGGCCUGUGACUUCCCAAGUGAGUUCCCAAGACAUUGAACAAGUGUUUCUCUGUCUGUUGAAAGAAGUAAAUGAGGAACUAAAAUGAAAGCGGACGUCGUCUAUAUUGUGGAAGAAUUUCCGUUUCUGUAAUAAUAAUAUUAAUCAUGGAGUCUUGUAUUAUAGCCCUGGUAUCUGCCUAAAAGGGUCUCACGGCACCCACUAAUGAUACAAAAACAGUUCAAAAGAAAUAGCAAAAAUAGGUAUGUAAGUUGAAAAUCACUGAUCAACUAUAACAGAUGAGCUUUGAGAGCAGUUUUAAAUGAUGGUGUUGUACCACUGCAGUUGUGUUGAUGCACCGAGUUAGUGUGUAUCCUCCAAAAACAAAGGGAUAGGAAAUCCAUUGUGGGUAAUGACACCAGGGAUUUGGCUACAGCUUUGGCCUUUGGCUGCAACGGCAAUGUUGAAGAAAAGGUCUUUUCAGCAAUCUAGCCGUAGCCGCUGUGGACUGGAAGCCAUCAAUUUGGACAUGAUCUUGCAUUUUCAACCUAUAGAAGUACAUGCUUUACCAGGCUAGAUAUUUCCUUGGAAAAAAACGCUAUUUCCUUGAAAAAAAAAAACGCUUUUCAAUGGGGACUUUUAGGACGCUUGGUGACAGCAGGUACAUCCAUUGUUCUUGGUUACUACGUAAACACUUGAAAUUCACCUGGUAAGUCUGCUGCCAUCUCAUGUUCCAAAGUCUCCCAUUGGGCUGUGGCCUUGUUUUCACUUGAAUUCUGUUUUGUUUAUUUGAUUGUUUGUUUUUUAUUUUGAUAUUUGAAUUAUCCUUUGAUAAAAAAAGGUAACAAACAGCGUUGUUUUGUUUAAUGUCAACAAAUUUGAGGAUCAUUUGUUUCUGCUAAACUUGGUAUACACUGGUAUACAUUCAGGUUUUUUCAUGAACAAAUUUACAAUAAAAUACAGCGAAGACAUUUGUCCCCCUUCUCCAAUUUGUUUAAUCGAAUGACACUUUCAGCCUAAAUAAACAGCCCAAGUCCAAAGCAGUGCCUUUCUUUUAUUAUCUAUGUAAUAACAUGGAAUAACCUUAAUGUGUGCUCAGAUUUUGCAUUGUCCUUCUUAAGAAGGGAAUUACCUGUUUCAUGAGGGAAAAAAAGACAAAUAUCCAAAUCCAUUGCAAACAAAAAAUGCCUAUCCAAGAGAACCAUGGUAUUGAGAGUAAAUAUUAGUUUCAUAAUUGCUGACUAAAUUGCCCCUUUUCUAAGAAAUGUAUAACCAUGAGAUAAGUAAUUUGUUCAGAUGAGACAUUCUUUACUCUAUUGCUUCAAGAUUUGUCUGAUGUCUAAAAAAUAUCAUGUAACAUGAACAAUUUGUGACUAGUAUCUUGCUCAUUUCUGCUUAGCAGCAGAAUGUUUUUGGGCAUCCUUUUCUGAAGCAGCUCUAUGACAUUGGGCCCAGCAAUAAAUAGUACCUGAAAUAUUACAGACUCCGUGCUUAGAGAGAGCGCAGGGCGGUCUUGCCAUCAAGGCUAGGCUUGCCCCCCUGCGGAAAAUCUGCUUGAGUAAAGUACAGAUGUUGUUUUUGCAAAAAAUAAUGAACACAGCCUUAUAGGGCCUGAGUUUGGAGGCCUCAUUAUCGAAAAGUACGGUCAAUUAUUCCUCAGCUCGGGACUUUAAGGUCAAUUGUGCAAUUUGUAUGGGUUUAUAAAAACUACUUUUGCAUAAUUUGGAGCUCCCUGAUAAUGGGAUGAUUUAAUCUUUGCAAAAAGAAACAUUAGUUUUCUAGGUAAAUGAUUACUUUGUUGUUUUUGAUGAUUAUAUAAAAUUGCAUUUUAAUAAUUACCUUA